GGGGAGAAGGGUCUUUGAGCUAAUGUAUCUGAUCAAACCAACAUUGAUGGAGACUCUUUAGAGGGUCCUGACUUAGCAUGACUUUCACAGAGGGUCACCCAUGAUCAGGGCAACUUGAUGUCGUACCCAGUGAUUAAAAUAGCAUCAAUGAAGACAAGAGUAAGAAGGGAUAAAAUUCAGGUUGUAUAUGACCAGGCGGGGCCACACAAUUUGGAUGAAAAUAUCAGACUUAGCUUUCUGGUAACAAACACUAAACUCUACCAAGGGGAAGUAAGAAGCUUUAACAAUCCCCCUCAGGCAGUUUUGCUUAACUGUUAAGAAUGUUGUGGGGGGCGGUUGGUCAGAAGUGUCAGCACUGCCAAAGAAAAAUUUAUCAAUGAAAACGAAUCCAUUUCAUUUUCUUAUCAAGACAAAACAAGAAAUAGGGGAGAGCGAGCCCUACUUUGGAGCUAGCCCAGGAUUUUAAUAGCUGCUCUAUAAAAUUGGGACUAUGAAGCAGAGAGCCUGAUGGUAAACACAGCGAAAGAGGUGAAGAGGAAACCUUGGAGAAGACCCCAAUGGAGAAGGAACAGUAGGCACAGCCCUUCCUUGUCUGCCAAGCACACGAGGCCUCCUGUAAUCUACCCUUCCCAGGAAGACCCAAGAGGAAAUGAAGAUGCAAAUCUUUGUCCCCUCUCAAUGUUAAAAGAGCUGUUUAGGAACAGAUCUCAUGCUACAGAGGCACGGGUAGUACAGGCAGUAUCACUGACUCCAAAGGAAGGAGCCUGAACUGGGUGUUUGUCUAGAUCUUCCAUUAGGCAUCUGUGUGACAGUGGGCGGCGGCGGCGGCGGCGGCGGCGGCAGAAUCCAACCUGCUCAUUCCUGCAGCGAGAGAGAGAGAGAGAAGAGGGAGAGGAGGAGAGAGGGAGGGAGAGAGGAGGGAGUCUGUCUGCAAAGUGCUGCUCCCUGGUGCUCAGAGGCGGCUGCUCCAUCUCCAACUCUCAUUCAUUUCUCCGGUUAACAUGAGAGAUCAUGGCCGCCUUCGGGCUUCUCAGUUAUGAGCAGAGACCUCUGAAACGACCCCGGCUCGGGCCGCCUGACGUCUACCCCCAGGACCCGAAGCAGAAGGAGGAUGAACUCACUGCAGUGAACGUAAAGCAAGGCUUCAAUAACCAACCAGCUUUCUCUGGUGAUGAGCAUGGCUCUGCCAAGAAUAUUGUCAUUAACCCAUCCAAGAUUGGAGCUUAUUUUAGCAGCAUAUUAGCAGAAAAACUGAAGCUAAAUACUUUCCAGGACACAGGAAAGAAGAAACCACAAGUUAAUGCUAAAGAUAAUUAUUGGCUGGUGACCGCCCGAUCUCAGAGUGCAAUUCACAAUUGGUUCUCUGAUUUAGCAGGAAAUAAACCACUCACUAAUUUAGCAAAAAAGGUUCCUAUCCUCAGCAAAAAAGAGGAUGUUUUUGCAUAUUUAGCAAAAUAUUCAGUGCCAUUGCUUCGGGCAGCAUGGCUGAUCAAGAUGACGUGUGCCUACUAUUCUGCAAUUUCUGAGGCUAAGAUUAAGAAGCGUCAGACAACUGAUCCCAAUAUGGAAUGGACCCAAAUCUCUACAAGAUACCUUCGGGAACAACUGGCAAAGAUUGCAGAUUUUUAUCACCUGGCUUCAGCCCCAGGCAAUGGCUCCAUGGCCAUGCCUCAAGAGGUGGAACAAGCUCUGAAGCAAUGGGAGUACAAUGAGAAAUUGGCAUUCUAUAUGUUCCAGGAAGGAAUGCUUGAACGGCAUGAAUAUUACUGGAUCCUGGAUGUUCUGGAAAAAAUCACAGUGGAUGAUGACCUCCUCAAACUACUACUACCACUGAUGCUGCAGUAUUCAGAAGAGUUUGUUCAGUCCGCUUACCUGUCUCGUCGUCUUGCCUACUUCUGUGCCCGACGCCUGUCUCUCCUGCUGAACGAUAGUCCCAAUCUCCUAGCUGCACAUUCACCACACAUGAUGAUUGCCAGCAAUCCAAGCCUAUCAGCAUCAAGCCCAGCUGCACCUGGGCCAGUAAUGAGCCCAGUCCAGAUGGCUGGUUCAGACUUCCUUUCCUGCCCACAGCAUCGUCCACUAGUUUAUGGACUCAGUUGCAUGCUUCAGACUGUAACUCUUUGUUGCCCAAGUGCCUUGGUGUGGAAUUAUUCCACAAAUGAAAAUAAAAGCGUUAACCCAGGCUCUCCUUUGGAUCUGCUUCAAGUUGCUCCCUCCAGUUUACCUAUGCCAGGUGGGAAUUCGGCAUUUAAUCAACAGGUUCGGGCAAAGAUCUAUGAGGUGGAACAGCAGAUAAAACGUCGGGGCCGGGCUGUGGAGGUUCGGUGGUCUUUUGACAAGUGCCAGGAAUCAACAGCAGGGGUCACCAUCAGUAGAGUCUUGCAUACCCUGGAAGUCUUAGAUCGGCAUUGUUUUGACAGAUCUGACUCCAGCAAUUCAAUGGAGACCCUUUAUCAUAAAAUUUUCUGGGCCAACCAGAACAAAGACAACCAAGAGGUGGCUCCAAAUGAUGAAGCAGUGGUGACUUUGCUGUGCGAGUGGGCCGUGAGCUGUAAAAGGUCUGGAAAACACCGAGCUAUGGCCGUGGCCAAACUUUUGGAGAAGAGGCAGGCUGAAAUUGAGGCAGAACGAUGCGGUGAAUCAGAAGUCUUGGAUGAGAAGGAAUCUCUUUCUUCUGCCUCCCUUGCUGGGUCCAGCCUGCCUGUCUUUCAGAACGUCCUGCUUAGAUUUUUAGAUACACAAGCUCCCUCACUGUCUGACCCAAACAGUGAAUAUGAAAAGAUAGAAUUUGUGAAUCUGGUGCUGCUAUUUUGUGAGUUUAUCCGGCAUGAUGUUUUCUCCCAUGAUGCGUACAUGUGCACGUUAAUAUCCCGAGGGGAUUUGUCAAUAAGUGCCACAACUCGACCACGGUCGCCACCUGGGGAGAAUCUGGAUGAACAUUAUUCAAAGGACAAUGAUGUGAAAUUAGAGAUUUUUUCUCCUAUGCCUGGAGAAUCCUGUGAGAAUGCCAACUCUUCCUUAGACAGAAGAAUUUCAGUUAAUAGCGAGAAGAUGGUGAAGAGAGAAAAACAGAGGGAAUUAAUAUUUCCAUCCAAUUACGACCUCCUUCGGCACCUGCAAUAUGCCACACAUUUUCCUAUACCUCUGGAUGAAUCCUCGAGUCAUGAAUGUAACCAGCGGACGAUUCUGCUUUACGGGGUCGGGAAAGAGCGAGAUGAGGCCAGGCAUCAGCUGAAGAAGAUUACCAAAGAUAUCCUGAAAAUCCUGAAUAAGAAGAGCACAACAGAAUGUGGGGUUGAUGAUGAAGGACAAAAAGCCAGGAAGAGCAAACAAGAGACCUUUCCAACGCUGGAGACAGUGUUCACAAAACUACAACUCCUCUCGUAUUUUGACCAACAUCAAGUCACAUCUCAGAUUUCUAGCAAUGUACUAGAACAGAUAACCAGCUUUGCUUCAGGAACGUCCUACCAUCUUCCCUUGGCUCACCAUAUUCAACUUAUCUUUGAUCUUAUGGAGCCUGCUUUGAACAUCAAUGGACUUAUUGACUUUGCAAUACAGCUGCUCAAUGAGUUGAGUGUGGUCGAGGCAGAAUUGCUUCUGAAGUCCUCCAGCUUGGCAGGAAGUUACACAACAGGCUUGUGCGUGUGCAUUGUGGCUGUGCUGAGGCGCUACCAUGCCUGCCUCAUCCUGAAUCCAGACCAGACUGCCCAAGUGUUUGAGGGGUUGUGUGGUGUUGUAAAGCAUGUGGUCAACCCAUCAGAAUGUUCCUCCCCAGAAAGAUGCAUCUUAGCCUACCUCUAUGAUCUCUAUGUGUCAUGUAGCCAUCUAAGAAGUAAAUUUGGAGACCUCUUCAGUAGUGCCUGUUCAAAAGUAAAGCAAACUAUCUACAGUAAUGUGCAGCCUUCAAACUCCAACUUAUUGUGGGACCCUGAAUUUAUGUUGGAUUUUAUCGAGAACCCCUCUGCUCACAAUGUCAAUUAUUCCAUGCUUGGCAAGAUACUCAGUGACAAUGCGGCUAACCGCUAUAGCUUCGUGUGUAAUGCACUCAUGAAUGUAUGUAUGGGGCAUCAGGAUGCGGAGAGAAUUAAUGACAUUGCCAACCUUUGUGCUGAGCUGACGGCUUGCUGUACUGUUCUCAGUUCUGAAUGGUUAGGCGUCCUCAAGGCCCUUUGCUGCUCUUCUAAUCAUGUUUGGGGCUUCAAUGAUCUACUUUGCAGUGUAGAUGUCAGUGACCUCUCAUUCCAUGAUUCACUGGCCACCUUCAUUGCAAUUCUGAUAGCCCGGCAAUGUUUUUCCCUCGAGGAUGUCGUCCAGCAUGUGGCACUUCCUUCUCUGUUAGCAGCAGCUUGUGGAGAUCCGGAUGCUGAACCUGGAGCGAGAAUGACAUGCCGACUCCUUCUUCAUCUCUUCCGAACCCCGCAGGUCUGUUUGUUACCUCAAGCGACAGGGAAGCCUUUCCCUGGAAUUCGUUCUUCCUGUGAUCGCCACCUUUUAGCUGCCGCUCACAACAGUAUAGAAGUGGGAGCUGUCUUUGCUGUCUUAAAAGCAAUUCUCAUGCUUGGAGAUGCUGAAAUUGGUAGCAACAGUAAUGCCAAUGCCUUAAAAAGUGAGGACUUCACUAUGAGGGGCUUAUUGGAUGACAUGAAUGAUGAUGAUAUUUGGAAUGCGUCACAGUCCAUGAAACCAUGUGGCAAAGCGGUUUCCAUAGAAACCGCCAGCUUGAGCGAAUAUGCUAGAUAUGUCCUACGAACUAUCUGCCAGCAGGAAUGGGUUGGAGAACAUUGUCUGAAAGAACCCGAGAGAUUAUGUACAGACAAAGACCUGAUAUUGGAUCCUGUUCUUUCACAUAAGCAAGCUCAGAAAUUGCUGCAACUGAUCUGUUACCCUCACGGCGUCAAAGAGUGCACAGAGGGUGACGACCUCCAAAGGCAGCACAUCAAGCGCAUCCUUCAGAAUCUAGACCAAUGGACUCUCAGACAGUCCUGGCUGGAACUCCAGUUAAUGAUCAAACAAUGCAUGAAGGAGCCUGGUUCUGGGUCUAUGACUGAAAUGAACUGCUUGUUGGAUAAUAUUGCAAAGACGACAAUAGAGGUGUUUCAGCAAUCCGCUGAUUUAAACAAUAACUCUUCUAACUCUGGUAUAGGCCUCUUCCACCCAAAUGCUAUUGGAAAUGGCGACACAAGUAACACAAGGCAGAAUGGUAAAAAGACAUUCCUAAGUUCUUCUGAACGCAGAGGUGUGUGGCUGGUGGCACCCCUCAUUGCAAAGCUACCCACUUCCGUUCAAGGUAGGGUGCUAAAAGCUGCUGGGGAAGAACUGGAGAAAGGACAGCACUUGGGAUCCUCCUCAAAGAAGGAAAGAGAUAGACAAAAGCAAAAGAGUAUGUCUCUCUUAAGUCAGCAACCUUUCCUUUCAUUGGUCCUUACCUGCCUUAAGGGACAAGAUGAGCAACGGGAAGGCCUCCUAACAUCCUUGCAAAACCAAGUUAAUCAGAUUUUAAGUAACUGGAGAGAAGAACGUUACCAGGAUGACGUUAAAGCAAGGCAAAUGAUGCAUGAGGCAUUGCAGCUCCGUCUUAAUUUGGUAGGAGGAAUGUUUGACACUGUGCAGAGAAGUACCCAGUGGACUACAGACUGGGCUCUUCUGCUCCUUCAGAUAAUUACUUCAGGAACUGUUGACAUGCAGACUAACAAUGAAUUAUUCACCACGGUUCUUGACAUGCUGGGUGUACUGAUCAAUGGAACCCUAGCCUCGGACCUGUCCAGCUCCUCCCAGGGUGGAGCCGAAGAAAACAAGAGAGCGUACAUGAAUCUGGUGAAGAAGUUGAACAAAGAGCUGGGGGACAAACGGUCAGAGAGUAUCGACAAAGUUCGCCAGCUGCUGCCUUUGCCCAAGCAGACCUGUGAUGUCAUCACCUGCGAGCCAAUGGGAUCCUUAAUUGAUACGAAGGGCAACAAAAUCGCAGGAUUUGACUCCAUAGAUAAGAAACAGGGUCUCCAGGUGUCCACAAAACAGAAAGUAUCCCCAUGGGACCUAUUUGAAGGUCACAAAAAUCCAGCUCCCCUCUCUUGGGCCUGGUUUGGGACUGUUCGAGUGGACCGAAAGGUGAUCAAGUAUGAGGAACAACACCAUCUUCUCCUCUACCACACCCAUCCUACCCCCAAACCCAGAAGCUACUACCUCGAGCCUCUGCCUCUGCCCCCUGAGGAGGAAGAGGAAGAGCCAACCACACCAGUCUCUCAGGAACCAGAAAGAAAAUCAGCUGAGCUGUCUGAUCAGGGGAAAACAGCAGCAGCAGAUGAGGAAAAAAAAACAAAAGGGAGGAAGCGAAAGACUAAAUCAAAUUCAAGAGUUGAUGAGUACCCACAGAACAACAUCUACCGAGUGCCUCCCAAUUACUCACCAAUUUCCUCCCAAAUGAUGCACCACCCUCAGUCAGCAUUGUGGGGCUAUAACAUUAUGGGACAACCGCAACAGCCUGGCUUCUUCCUGCAGAAUCAGUCACUUGCUCCAGGCGGCUCUCGGCUGGAUCCCACGGGCUCAUUUGUCCCCACCAACACAAAGCAAGCCCUCUCCAACAUGUUGCAGAGGCGUUCGGGUACCAUGAUGCAGCCUCCCUCCAUCCAUGCCAUCACAUCCCAGCAGCAGCUGAUACAGAUGAAGCUCAUGCAGCAGCAGCAACAGCAGCAGCAGCAGCAACAGCAGCGGCUCCUCAGACAACAAGCCCAAACGAGACCUUUCCAACAGGACUUCUGUAACUCUGCUGUGCCCCUUCAGGAUGGCUUUGACAACAUAAUGGGCCAGCCCCUAGACCAGGCUGCUAUUUUUGCUCCACAAGUACGACCCUCUUCCCAGCUUCCUCAAUAUUCAGGGUUGCAACAGGCACAGGCGAUGCCCCACGGCUAUACCAUGUACAGUACUCAGAUGCCUCUCCAGCCGCAGCAGCAGGCUGGCGGGGUGGUCCUUUCCCCCGGCUACAACCCGAGGACCUACCCAGCCACGCAUUCCAAUCCGGCUCUCAUGGAGAGGCUUCGGCAGAUGCAACAGCAGCCUCCCAGCGGGUACAUCCAGCAGCAGGCUGCCGCCGCCGCCUACCUCCAGCCGAUGCCGGGCUCUCAGAGACUGACUCAUCAACCCUUACAACAAAGUCCUUUGGUUGGCGGGGGACUGGACGCUGUCCUGAGCACUACACCCCAUCCAAACCUCAAUUCUGUGCCACUGCCCCAGGACCAGAUGAGGCAGAGACAGCAGCAAAUCAGACAACAGAGGCUCCUUCAGCAGCAGCAGCCCCAACAACAGCAGCAACAGCCUCAACAGCAACAACAGCAGCCACAGACACAGCAGCAACAACAGCAGCAGCAGCAACAGCAGCAGCCCCAGGGUCAACAGGCACUGGGACUCCAAGCAAUGCAGGCUCAACAACCUUUGUUCCCCAGGCAAGGCUUACAGCAAACACAGCAACAACAACAGACAGCAGCUUUAGUCCGACAACUCCAGAAGCAGCUUUCUAGUAAUCAGCCACAACAAGGAGUAACUCCAUAUGGGCAUCCUUCACACUUCUAAAAUGUAGCUGAAGAAAUGCACCUGGUUUGAUGUUUGCACUGAAGAAUAGCAAAUCAAAUCCAAUGCACUAGUUAUCCUUAGAAAUUUUCCAUUUUUUUCCAUGGUUUCUUUUAAGUUUGCCUCCAUUUAAAACAAAGAAAACAAUUUUUUUUUUGCUACAUUUCAAGAGAAACUAUCAGAAAGCGGCAAGAAGUUUUGUUUUUGCUUUGUUGUACUCAGCUUUAAAGUUGGUUUCCAAGUUUGCUUCAUCUGGGCAAACUUCCAAGAAGAGUUCCGUGGGGAAGCAUUCAAAAUUGGUGCUUUUCUGAAUCUUUGCAUUUUACAAAGAAUGGAGAAUGCUGGAUCUUCUAUUAUCAUUUAGUAGCGGCAAAGCAUUUGGGGAGGAACUGUGCUGGCCAGACUGCUCAGUGGAAAGAUUUUGAGAUGAAGGUUGACUUACUCAUUAAGUGCUCACCUCUCAGAAGAUCCUUUAAGAGUAAAAAAGACACGUCUUUGAGACCUUUUCAUUUUAAAUAUUGGUAAUUUCAUAAGCACUUUAUAAACUCUUUUGUUGUGAUUCAAUGACAGGAUUUUUUUUCUCUCGCUUUCCUUGUGGUCAGAAGGUGCUGAAACAGUUUUUGCUUAUAUUUAAACUUCCUGGGAGUUAUUGCAAAGCUGCAGGCUGAGGUUCUUUAGCCUCAUUAGCAGUAUGUUCAUAAAUUGCUUUCAAUGGGAAUGCCCUUGCUGGGGCAGGGAGCUUUAGAAAUGGACGAAGUGUCAUUUCUAAAGACCUGCAUUUACUGUAGUGGAUCACUUUCAUUUCGUGCCCAAACCGGCACCGUGACUCUCCAGGUUCUUCUCUUCAGAGCCUUUUUGCCAGCCUAACAAAAGUCCUCAUUCCCAUUCUAGGCAAGUUCUUUAAAGCUGUUCUGAGAUUUGGUAGUCCUCAGGCUUGGCUCAGUUUCCCUGGAAUCUGGCCCUAAAGCCCCCAAAGCUAUCCCUCUCAUAAGAUAGACUUGGCUUUUUCUUUUGUAUGGUAAGUAUUUGCUCUUUUGAAUUUAAUUAUUAUCGUUAGUGUCAGUCCUGGUUGUGUAUUGCCUAUACUGUAUUUAUAAAUUGGUGCAACAAAAGCACAAUUAAAUUAUACAUCAGAUUUAUUAUAAAGAAAUAAUAACUAUUUUAACUUUGUUCAAGUAUGUGGUAAUUUGCUCAUAUUAGAGUAAAAAUUACGGUAAAUGAUUAUCAGUUUGUGUAACUUAAGAGUAUUCCAUAUAAUAUUUUUUUAGAAUUAGAUGCACAAAUUUUGAAUGUGAAAAUUGCAGGGCAUUUAAAAAAAAACAUAUGGGGAUAUUUUCCUCAGACUGUAUUCAUUCAUUUUUUUCCUUUUGCCAUAUGAUUUUACAUGUAUAAUAGUCAAACAAACUGUGAAUAGAUGUCUAUACUGAGCAAACUGCGUAGAGCGGCAUUUUCCCAUGAAUGCCACUAAUUCCACAGUAGGUGGUGAUUUUGUUUUGAAAUGCAUUCUCUAGGUGAUUUGUAUUUUCUGUGGUGAGUGACUCAUUGCACAUUUUGACAAAUGCAAACAGCCUCCGACUCACAUCUGCUUACUUUUGCCGUGGUAACAUUCAUGUGGACUGCUUUGUACACUGUGAAAAUAUUCCAUUCUGGCCCGCGUGUUCUCAGUUUACUCUGGGCUGGAGAAGACUUUGCCAAAACAUUAAGACCAUUGUCAUCCCUGAAUUAAUCGUUCGUGUUUCUUUUCUGAACAUCUAUCUAUAAAACUCAGCUUUUUGUUUCAAAAAUCAUCAUUAAUGUUAGUGAAACUGUUAAAUUAAUAUAUUCUUGUUAUUCAAAUAACAUCACCACAUUGACAAAACGACUGGAAUGUGACUCUCAUGCCUAGUUAGUUGUCUUUUCCUUCCCUCUGCCCUUCAAACCCAAUGGCAUUAAAAAUGCCAUUCUUACGUGUUUGGGGAUUUAUUUUUUUUUUGGCCUCGCUCGAAGAGCAAAUGAUAAUCAGACUCUUUUUAGAAUAAUCGUUACAAUCGCAUAGCAUUUGCAAGCACUUUAUAUUUUGCAGAAGUUAUUUCAAGUAAUUUAUUUAUCGUAACUCACAUGAAAGGCCUGAGAGAAAUUGGUAUGAUUGUGUCCAUUGGAGACUGAGGAAGCCAAAUCAUUGUAGGAUUCCAUCCCUCAUGGACCAAGUGGGAAGUAGGUAGUGAGCUAGGGCUAGGAAUCAGAUUUCCUAAAUAGCGGUUCUAAAAGUUCUAGCGGAACAAAAAGAAAAGAAAGAAAACUCUAACUGAAUAAGCUUCAAGCCCCGCCAUAUUUUCCCCAUUUAAUCUCCAUCCUUAGACUUUUUUUUUUAAAUAAAUGCAACGUUUUGCACUAAAAUGACUGGUGUUUAACCUGAAGUAAGAGCCUGUUAGUAUGUCCAUUGAUGCAUUCUGAUAUUUUGCAUAGUGAGGUAGAGAGAGGAAAUCACCUUAGUUUGGAGAAGAGUCCUCACCUCUUUUCAAAAUAAGACUUCAAAUUCCAAAGGGGUGUAGAACAGUUUCUGAAUGUUUUGAACUUAAAUGACCCUUCCUCUUUGACCAACAUCAGUUCAUUCCAUAUAUAUAUAUCUAUUCGAAUUGUCCUUAACUUGGCAGGAAGUGGAAACGAGUCAUUAUUCAAAAUGGCAUCCCUUGACCCACCAGAGCCAACGUCAGAGUUUAAUAUUAGUCAUCAGACAGCCUCCUGAGAAGGGCAAUUAAAAUGUUGUCAUAUUUAAAACGUGUAAUAGUGGAUACAUGCCAGUGUUUGUGUUUGUAAUGGGCUAAUAGAUAGGGCAUUUAAAACAUAAACCCUGACAUGCAGCCACUAGUAAAUGAGCCAUCCUGUCUAUAUAUUCUCAUGGGAUUGGCAUUUGUUGGUGGGGGGCGGGAGAAGGGGAGAUAAUAAUGCCAUUCUCAACUUAAAUGCCUAGAGACUAUCUGAACAAGCCUCGUAGAACCUUCCUCUUGAUUGGCCCCAUUUUCCUUCCUAAAAAGGAGUCGGGCAUUUUAUGAUAGAGGAUUUAUGCUGGACUCUACUAGCCUCUAGAGUUACAAAGAGGUUAAUGGCCUUUAGCUUCCCUGAGAUAGAUUAAUUCCUAUUGAAUUGUUGGAUCCCUUCAUAUGAAUGCAAUUCAAUGAAUUAGAAAAGAAAGCAUUUCAUUAAAAAGUUGAUUGAAUUCUCUUUCAAUUUGAAAUGCAAUGAAAUUUCAUUUGUAGUAUAAAAGUCCCUCACUUAAUAUUUUCUCAUAAAGAAAUUCUCUAUUUUUUAAAGGCCAUAUAGCUCAUAAUUCAGUGUGGCAUUCUUUGGAGAUACAGGCAGCCUGAUAGAGUGGAUAAUAAAGUCGGGAAGAUGUAGGUUCAACUCCUGUCUCUGACCCCUACUUACGGCUAUGUAAUCAUAGCAAGUCCUUCAACUUUGAUUAGAAGUUAGAGAUGAGUGGCCCAUUCUUAUUGAUGGGGGUAGUUUCCACAGUGGGAGCUGCUGCUUACCAGUGUACUCACUGAUCUGGACCAAAUACACACACACACACACACACACACACACACACACACACACACAAUAAUUUUUCAAAUCAUAGAAAUGUUUCCUUGCAUUUGCAAUAGAUUGGUGGAUUAUAAAACCAGUUCCUUUCCCUUAUUAAUAAGUUCAGGUCCUUUGUAAAUGUGAAAAUCUGACAGCAUUUAUUGUUAAAAUCCAACUAUUAAGAGAUGUUUUAUUCCCUGUCAAAGAAAACUUACAGUGUGGAAGUAUAAUGUGUCAUGAGCAAGACAUUCGACAUUGUCUUCUGUAGGCUUUAACAAAAUAUUUAUAAACAAACGACAAGACAUUUGUACAUCUGGAUGGUAAUUUACCACUCAUGAAAAAAUGAUCUUUUUUGGUUUUCCAUAAUGUAGGUGCCAUGCUUAUAAUGAUACAAGAUGGACACUAGGCAACUGGGGGUAGGGGAGUAGGUCUAUCUUUUACUGAAGAAUUCAGGUACAUUCAAGAUUUCUUAUUUUAUGGGAAAAUAGUUUUAUUGGUCAUUGUUAUUUGUUGGCAAAAUAAAAGUGCCUUAAGUUAAAGUUUGUUUUGAAAUCCAUUUGGUCAUUGAAGAAAUCAGUAGGAGUUUAUCAUGCAAGAUUUUUUUCCAAGUCUUUUUUUUUUGCAUGUCCAUUGUAAAUUUAAUACUGUAAAUGUAUUUAAAAUCAUUUACAUGCCUAUGGCUGCCUUUGAUUAAACUUAUUCCAAAAAUAGA